AUCAUACUAAAACAAUCCUUCUAGGAGCCAGAAUAAUAUAACCGAUAAUUGUUCGAAAAAACAUGUAACAUUUUACAUGGUACACAUUGCGCUCCGCGCUUUGUGACACACGGCACCGUUGCAGCACCUGAACCAACCACCGUAAACCGGCACCGUUCGCCCAAGCAGCAUCGCGCCGAGCAGCAUCGGGUCCGCUGGUCCGGGGACGGAAAAGCUUCGACGGUGACUGAAAGGUUGUUUGUGUUGGCCGAGACCGUGGCUCGCAGCAAACAUCCGGGGAAAAGGAGAAACGGAACCACAAGGAACGUCCUGGCCGAAGCGCAAUCCUUACCUUACAGGGCAGGUUGGCUUGUGGUGUGCAAGCGGAAGUCAUCGACCUUCAACAACCAGCCUCCGGACCCUGCUUCCUGCCCUUUGCAGGCGGCUUCUCAGGGGCAAGUUGCCCUUCUUCCAGCCGAGAGUGGCUCGCCAGUGGCAGUGUGGUCUUCCGCGCCACCAAAAAGGGCAGCAAAGUGUGUGUGUGUGCGCGUGUGUGUGUUUGUUCAAUCGGUCGUGUGGUGGUGCUGCUGCACGGGUGCGGAACGCAUUGAAGCAUUGAAUUUUCCACUUCACGGAUCGAUGAAAAACCAACGGAACGGAUUGGAGAUUACGCGGAAGCUGGUCGGUGCUGUUGUUGUUGCAAUCGGCCCGAACUACCACCGCACACAGCGUGAGUGAGCCUGCUGUGAGUGUGUUUGUGUUCGCGCUCGCGCGCGUGUGUGUGUGUGUGGCUAUUUCUUGUACGUGCGUUUGGUGUGUCAAAGAAGGCAGACUCAAAAACAAUACCGUUCAGUGUCCGUCGUGCUUGUUGCAGAGUUGCAGAAGACCGAAACGGGAACGGGAGCAGUGACCGUAGUGGUGCAGUGGUUCGGAUCGGCCCGGAAGGUGCACCAGCUACACAGUUUCGCCCUCGGCAAGCUCAGCAACAGCUUUGGCGCUUCAAGGAAAUUGAUAUUGCCUUUUUUUUCGGCAAUCGUGAAGAUAACAACCGAACCCGAUCGCGAUCAACGUCAAACAAUCAAAGCCGCAGUCGCUCCUCCCAGCCGCCCCCAUGGCAACGGUCAAUCUGAAUCCGAACGGCUGCCCGGUGGCGACCCCGACCGCGGUUGGCUCCAGCACCUCCAUCCACUCGAUACAGGGGAAGGACCAGUGGGUGAAGCUGAACGUGGGCGGCACCUGUUUCCUCACCACCAAAACGACCCUCUCCCGCGAUCCAAACUCGUUCCUGUCACGGCUCAUCCAGGAGGACAGUGAUCUCAUCUCCGAUCGGGACGAAACCGGUGCGUAUCUGAUCGAUCGUGACCCGCGGUACUUUGCGCCGGUGCUGAACUACCUGCGCCACGGCAAGCUCGUGCUGGACGACGGCCUGUCGGAGGAGGGCGUGCUGGAGGAGGCCGAGUUCUACAACGUGACGCACCUGAUCGGCCUGCUGAAGGACAACAUUGCGCGGCGGGAGCAGCGGCCGGCGGCGGACAAGAAGCGCGUGUACCGGGUGCUCCAGUGCCAGGAGAACGAGCUGACGCAGAUGGUGUCGACCAUGUCGGACGGGUGGCGGUUCGAGCAGCUGAUCAACAUCGGCACGCAGUACAACUACGGCACGGAGGAGAACGCCGAGUUUCUGUGCGUGGUGUCGAAGGAGUGCGCCAACACGCUGAUCGGGCGCGAGGUCGAGUCGAACGAUCGGGCCAAGGUGCUGCAGCAGAAGGGCUCGCGGAUGUAAGGUGCGGGGGAGGGGGGGGGGGGUAUGAGGCGUGUGACGAGGCGGGUUUUGUUACUGAAAUAUUCUUCUUUGUAACCUUCAUCGCGGAGUCUACGCGGGGAGGUUUGCCUAGGCAACUGAAUGAAGCUCGCCGUCGGUUGAAAACAAUAUUAUAGAUAGAAAUUAUGAAUCACCCUCCUCGUCGUGUGGGAGGUAAUGAAGAGGGGAGGGGGGGGGGGGGGCUUUGUGGACAAUAGGAGCGAAAUCAGGUGAUUUAUAAAGCGCGCCCAUUACAAAUUGGGGAGAGUUUUUGGCAUGGCAGGCAUGGGUUGGGGAGGACUGCAAGCUAUAUCUUUAUCGUUGGCGAGCGAGUUGCCAUUAGCGUUGCACUUGUAGACCACGGACAUAGUAAUUAGCAGCAAUUUGCAUGCAAAACACGCUACAAUGCGAGGGGAGCCGGAAGGUUUGUUGCAACUCCCCCCCUUUUUCACGUGUGAUACACCGCGAAUGAGUAAUGGAAGGAAGCGAGAGUGGCAAUGUUCCGUUCGGAUCCUAGCCUUACCCACAUAAAACAGAAUUCCGGCAAACCCUCCUCGACCCACAUGUCUCCCACAUCGCAUCAGUUUCUGAGGCUCUCCCGUUAGGCCCAGUUUACAGCUUCAUGGAGCUACAUUUAGGUGCACAAGGGCAAACCCUAGACGCGCGGGCACGAUUAUGUCCCUGCGUGAAAGUUAAGAAAGAGGAACAGGGAAAGAAAGAGAGAGAGAGAGAGAGGGAAAGAGGGAGAGAAUAGGGUGGAAAUCGGUUCUAGCUUUAAGUUUUAGCGCAUAAGAAAUCGUCGUGUUGACCGUCUGGAGCAUAUACAUACACAUAUAUCCAACAUAUAUACGCCAAACACAACCAUACACACACACACGCCCAACGCAAUAUAGGAUCGACCUACCACACAGUACGCCCCAACCAUCAUCCUCCCCCUUCUCACAUACCGGUGCGUGAUCCGGUGAACAGGACGGUGUGACGAGCACAUGAUUGUUAGAUUUUAUAACGCAACCAAGCGACAGCAAGCUGCUAGCGAAUUGUCGCGUUUGUGUAUUGUGCGGUUAGCAAUCUUUAGUUGCUCUAAUGUGCCGCAAACCAGGAAGCCAGGUAGGCACAGAAGAAGCGUUAGAAAUGGUGGAUUCAUCCACUUAACUUUACCGUAAGUUUUCCACGCCACAUUAGAGCGCGCGCACACACACACAGGCGCUUUGCAAGCAAAAAGAGAAAACAAAAACGCAACAAAAAGACAAGCAGCGAAAGCUAGGGAAGUGAUUAAAGGAGAAUAAAUCGUUGAGGUGUAGGGUGUCGUGGGGAUGCGCCCUUGAACUCCUCCUUAUCCAGGUUACUGUUUAGCCAUAGUCACAUAGAAAUUGGACACACGGGAAGGAUCGGUACAACUGUCCGCCUGCAACUGAGACUCCUCUCUCUCUCUCUCUCUUACACACACACACACACACACACACACACACACACACACACACACACACACACACACACACACACACACAAUCACAGACACAUUUUGAAACUGUUUUUACGAGUAAAACGCACAAAUUUGAUCCAAUUCCCUGCUCCGGAAAGGAAAAGCGAAGGAAUAAAACCCAUUACUGGUGCGCGAACAGGUGCGUACUACUUUGA